CCUUAUAAAUAAUAGAUUUUUAUUUUAUUUUUGAAUACUUAUAAAUAUUAUAGAUGACAGCCUAUUCUCAUUUACUUGCAACAAAUUAUAAGACACUUAUUUCACAAUAUCUUGCAGAAGAUGUUCCUUCCUUUGAUUAUGGAGGAUUUGUAGUAGGAGAAGAAGAACAAACUGCUAUUCUUUAUUGUAAAGCAGAAGGUGUUGUAGCUGGUGUACCUUUCUUUGAUGAAGUAUUCAAGCAACUUGACUGCAGGGUUCAAUGGUAUUGUAAUGAAGGUGAUUAUAUCAAACCAAAAGGUAAACAAGAGAUCGCUAGAGUUUAUGGUCCAGCCCGAAAGAUUCUGUUGGGUGAACGCACUGCUUUAAAUAUUAUUUCUCGAUGCAGUGGUAUUGCAUUAAGAGCUCGAAAAAUCUAUGAAUUGAAAAAGGCAAAGGGCUUUCAUGGUGUCAUUGCUGCUACUAGAAAGACUACUCCAGGUUUUAGAUUAAUAGAAAAGUAUGGUGUACUUGUAGGUGGUUUAGAUACACAUCGUAUGGACCUGUCAUCUAUGGUGAUGCUUAAGGACAAUCAUAUUUGGAGCUCAGGUUCAAUUACAAGGGCUGUACAAAAUGCUCGUAGUGUUUGUGGUUUCGCUUUAAAAAUCGAAGUUGAAUGUCAAUCAGAAGAAGAAGCAGAUGAAGCCAUUGCUGCAGGGGCUGAUAUCGUUAUGUUGGAUAAUUUUAGUAGCGAAGGCUUAAAAGAAGCUGCAAAGAGUAUUAAAACCCGUUGGGCUGCUAAAGGAAAUACUCAGUUUUUAAUUGAAAGUAGUGGUGGAAUUACUUUCGAAACCUGUGAAGCUUAUUUUUGUGAUGAUAUUGAUAUAUUAAGCAUGAGCACUGUCACUCAAGGUGUUCCUCAUGUUGAUUUUUCAUUAAAGAUUAACAAGUCACAAUAAACUUGCUUAUAUGCUGCUUAUGUUCUUUUGCCCAUAUUAACCUUCCUCUUCCCACC